AGGACCAAUUUCUGCUUUUCUUUUUGUAAGAAGAAUGCUGUUUUGUGCUUUUAGAUUCGAUUCAUUUCAUUAUCAGAUUGUUGGCAAAAGAAAUAUUCACUUCGUAAUUGCUUUUAUUUCUGUUCAGAAGUCUGGCAGGGAAUGAGUUACAGUACAUUCCGUCAAGCUUUCCAUAUAUUUAUAUUCGGCUUUGGUUUUUGUAAGUAAACAUCCGAGUUUAUUGUAUUUAUAAUUUUUGAUUGACUAACUGGGUUGAUUAUAAUUGUCAUCGGAGAGGCAGUUAGCUCAUUUUUGGUCUGUUGAUUGGUUAGCAGUAAGACUGAAAGACUCUGAGCCUCAUAGGGAGGGGACGGCUGUUCAAUCGUUAAAGAGUUUGAUAGCACUCUUCAUAGUCUCCUCUUUUAAAAGUGGUCAGAAUUGCUGUCAACACCUUACAAUCUUGUUACUGAUACAAUGUUACAAUGUUAUGUUAUUUUACUUAUUUUAUUAUAGGGAUUUGUCGCACAACCAUUUAGCUCAAAUUCCCUCUGAGCUUUUAUUACGGACGCCUCGUCUUUUCAAAUUAAAAUUAGGACAUAACCGAAUCUCUGAAGUGCCUUCUGGAGCAUUCAUUCAUCUUAAAGACCUUGGAUUCCUGGACUUGUCCAAAAACAAGAUUGAAAUUCUUCGGCCAGCCGCGUUCACGGGCCUCCAACGACUUGUUAUUCUGUUACUUCAAAACAAUCAAUUUUCAUCGUUGCCUAAUGGAACUUUCACGAACAUGACCUAUCUGAAAUAUCUUGACCUUUCGAGGAAUCGCAUUGCUGUCAUUCAACGUCAUCACUUCGACAACCUUAACGAUUUAUCCUUCUUGAACCUAGCAUACAAUCCUUUGCGGGAAGUAGAAGAAAAAGCUUUCUUUACAACACCUAAUCUGAAGUAUCUGUAAGUAACGAGAUGCUGACUGAUAAGAGUGGCUUACACAAAGACCACAUUACUAUGCUGCGUAAAUAUAAUAGAAGCAUAGUAACGGCUCAACUUGUGUUGGUCUGAUCAGCUUCGUGAUUGAGAAAGCGAAAUGUUGAAAAGACUGUGAAAUCGAGUGGUUCCUGUGUGGAAACUGUUCACUCGCCUCAAUACAGUAUACUCUUGCCUCGCUCAAUUAACCACAGAAGGUGUAUCCCCGGCUGAAACUAGAGAGAAAAGUAUGGAAAAAUUCCCUGCUAUUACAGAAUUUCGAACACCUUAUGUGAUCCCAAACUAAUGUUUAUAAUUGUUCUUCUCUCGUUACAAGCGAUUAUGAGCACGUAUCAAAAGUUUAUGAGGUUAGCUUUCAUAAGUAUCACCUCACUAAGCAACUUCAAGACUUAAAUAUCUUAAAUACAGUCGACUUUCGUAAUUGGACAAUGUGCACUAAUAGAGGGAUGACGUACUAAAUAGCAAAUUUAUUUUGUAAUCUUGGAAUGUUUACUAGUUCGUACACUAUAUGAUUACUAUAUGAUUAUGUGUCAAAGUAAAUGUGUACUCUAAUACUAUAAAUUAAAAGGGUUCUCGCUUUAACGGGAGUCGACUGUCUUUAAAUUAACGGUCUUGAAUGUGAUACUUAUGAAAGCUGACCUCAUAAACUUUUGAUAUGUACUCAUUACCGCUUGAGUGUUACCAUUACUAGGUAAUUUAAUCGAAAAUUCUUCUAGUAUUUUGAAACAAGGUAUCGAAAACAGCACCUGCGUAUUUGCCUCAUGCAAUCAAGUGGAAAUCGAAUAUCUUGCAUGGGAAUUCGAAUUAGUACCAGUGUGCACUAUUGGAGUUUAAGCAAGGAACGUUUGUCACUGCUUAUCAAUGAAUGCGCUUGAAGAUGCUUUUUUUUAACUUGACAGGAAUCUAAUGUUCAACUCUUUAGACGUGCUAUACCCUUAUCAUCUCUCAGGAUCACGUAACCUGGUGGUAGAAAUGUAAGCAGCAGUGGAUAUUUAGUAAAAACCGUAGAUGCUUGUUAAUUGAUUGUUCUUCGUUUAUUGUUACAAUAUCUCUUAUCAAAAUCACACUAACUCGUGUAAAUGGUAAUGUAUUAAACAGCUAUUACUUUUGGGGGUCGAGUAUGGAUCGCCGAAAUAGUACUUCGUUAAAAAGAUGCGUGAAAAUUUUAGGAUUUCCUUUAGCAUGCUUUAACGAGAUUAGAAAAGUAUUUUUCUGUUUAUUUAAGAUUUCAUAACACUAGCACUUUAACAAAGCAAGGAAUUUCGUUGCUACUUAUUCCAAACGUCUGCACGCAUAGAUAUAAUCGAAAAAUCAGCCACUUGCCUACCUUUAAGUCAAAGUAAAGAACGCAUGAUCUAAGAAUGUUCACCAUCCUUUGUAAAAACUUGUCGAGAAACAUCUACGAAUCAAUUCUUCUGCCACUGUGUCGGGUGGGGAAGGAAAGAACUUGUAAAUUCAAGACGUAUCAGGGGGAGAUGAAGAUGUGGCAGGUUGCUUCCAUUUUCGUUCUUGCUUCCAUUAUUUUAAAUAAACUACAACCUGGUAGAGGAAUUGAAAAAGCAUGGUACAGCAUGGUAAUAUCCUUAUCUCCAUACCAGGUAUCCUGCCAAGGAAGUUCUUGAUUAUCAACUAGAACCUAACUACAUUAAUCUUGAUGACACGCUCACAUCAUCAUCAUCUGGUUACAAAUGCACCAACUAUGGAAAUGGGAGUGACACGUGUCGGCCUUGUCCUCUCGGAACAUUCAGCGGUUUAAAGGAGGACUGCACCGCAUGUCCUGCAGGUAACCUUCUCUUCAUCGGUGUUUUCAUGUCCGACAGCGGGUAACGGGUACACGGUCAAUCGAAGUACCGGUAUGCAGGAGCACUGUACUGCAGGUGUCCUUCAGUCUAUUGACGUAUUCUAACCUGACGGCGACUUGCUAGUGCGCAAUCCAAAAGUCAACCUACAUGUAUAGCGGAAUAGGGCUGCACCGUAUGUCCUCCAGGUAACCUCCUGUCUAUAGACGUAUUCUUUCCAACAGCUAUAGUUAGCAAAAAGUCGAUAGAUCAACCUGAAUUUGAAUGCAUUGCAUGCCCUUCUGGUGGCUCCCUCUCCUGUGACGUACUGUUGCAUAAAAGAAAACAUUACGUUUUUGCAAAUACAAAUGGGUAAUCCGAAAACGCAAUAAGACCUCUAAAAUGCCGUGAAGUGGCUCUCUACAAUACAGAACAAGUACUAAUC